CACUGAAGUCGCGCUUCAUGUCAGUAACAAGAUCGUCGUGAUGCCUCUUUUUGGACUUUGACAGGAUGUAGUAGCCGCGGGAUUGCAGACCUGAUCACUGCACCCGUCGUACGCAAUAACAUCAUAAGAAGAUGGACUCUAGUACAAUAGGCCACGUCGUGCCGAACAUAUGUCUCGCUGCGUGGUCAAGCUAUCUCAUCACCACAGCCACGCACUACCGGAACACUUCAUCAAACCCAGGGCAUUACAGUAACAAAGAUCAAUAUGGGUGUCCACAUGCAAGAAACGACACUCAAACGAAAAAGAGUUCGACACGUCCUGCCCGCCGUUCUGAUGCGGGCCGGGACUUCGAAGGGACUUUUUAUACACAGAAAGGAUCUACCAGCAUCACAAGAUCAAUGGGUCAGGCCUCUACUGGCAGCAAUGGGCUCAAAGAACAACGAGCCUCGUCAGAUUGACGGCGUCGGGGGUGCGACAUCAACAACUUCGAAGGUCGCGAUCAUUAGUCCUUCCCAGCGCUCUGAUGCUGAUGUGGAGUAUACCUUUGCUCAAGUCUCUGUUGGAAUGGAGACUGUUGAUUUCAGUGGCAAUUGUGGGAACAUGGCCAGCGGCGUGGGCCCUUUUGCCUUGGAUGAACGAUUGGUGAUAGCAGAUCCAGGUGUUCGCCAGGUCGAAGUCAGGAUUUUCAACACGAACACUUCUCGAAUCAUGGUCGAGACCGUGGAUGUUGAUGAGAACGACCAUUUCGAAGAGGAUGGCUUAUAUGACAUGGCUGGGGUGGUUGAUAGUGGCCGUCAAGUCCACGUCGCAUUUGUUGAUCCUGCAGGAAGCGUCACAGGGGCAUUGUUUCCCAGCGGUAAUCGGGUUGAGGAGCUUACCGUAUCGACCUUUGACACUCCAUUCACCGUACAAGCUACUUUAGUCGAUGCUGCAAACCCCUUUGUAUUUGUCAACGCUUUUACUCUCCCAACUUGGUUGUCAGCAGCAAUGCCGCAAGACCAACUUUACGUGGACACGGUCGAAUGCAUUCGCAGGGCUGGUGCCAUCAAGAUGAACAUGGCCAAUAAUCAAGAAGAAGCCGCUGCCAGGCGAGGCACGCCCAAGAUCGCGAUUGUGUGGCCUUCUUCAAGUCCUGGUAUGGAUAUUCAGGUCCAAUCUUUCAGCAUGGGAAAACCGCACCCAAGUCUACAACUUACAGGAGCAGUGUGUCUUGGUGCGGCCGUCUGCAUAGAUGGCACCGUGCCAAACCUGCUAUCAACCUCUGAGGCUCUACCAACACCGGAACGUACACCGAGUCCCAACAACGCAGAGACUAUGUACUGUAAAGCGCCCGCCACAAGUGGCAAAACUCGCGCUGUCACAGUCAAGCAUCCCGGCGGCUCAAUUUCUGUUGACGCUGAUGUCCUACUCCUGGAGAGCAGUUCACAUGUUGUCCAGUGCACAGUGUCGCGAACAGCGAGGCGUCUGUUCGAAGGCAAUGUGUUGUACUAUAAUUGAUUCAUAAUAUCAUAAUCUGCGUGUAACUGGACCAGU